CUGCCCGUGCUCGUCCUCCCCAGCCAGCCACGGUACCGGCGAAGGAGGAGCUGUCGUGAGCUAUCUGAUCUCGCGAUAUAUACGCCACUACACGCGUCCCACCGGCCAACCUGCACCGUGCACGCACGCCCACACCCAAGCUAGCUCAAGUACUCCUACGUAGGUAGCAGCGGUUGCGCGGCGCGAUCGGCAUGGGGCUGGAGACGGAGGCGGCGGCGGCGGGCGGCGCGGUGCACGGGCACCGGCUGUCGACGGUGGUGCCAAGCUCGGUGACGGAGGUGGAGAGCUACGGGCUGGCCGACCCCGACCUGGCGUUCCGCCUGCACUACCUGCGCGGGGCGUACUACUACGCGGCGGGGGAGGCCGUGCGCGGGGUGACCACCAAGGUGCUCAAGGACCCCAUGUUCCCCUGGCUCGACGCCUACUACCCCGUCGCCGGCCGCGUCCGCCGCCCCGCCGACGACCAGCCGCAGCAGCAGGAGGACGGGGGAGGCGCGUCGCGCAGGCCGUACGUCAAGUGCAACGACUGCGGCGUCCGCAUCGUGGAGGCGCAGUGCGACCGGAGCCUCGACGAGUGGCUCCGCGAUGAUGAAGUCGACCGCGUCGCGCAGCUCUGCUACGACAAGGUGCUCGGCCCGGAGCUCUUCUUCUCCCCGCUGCUCUACGUCCAGGUGACAAACUUCAAAUGUGGAGCGAUGGCGCUCGGGUUCAGCUGGGCGCACCUCAUCGGCGAUGUGGCGUCGGCGACCACCUGCUUCAACAACUGGGCUCAGAUACUCGCCGGCAAGAAGCCGGACGCCAUCACCGUCAACCCUGUGAAGGAGCCGCAAGACCGUGCACCUGCCGCAGCGGCGCCGCCACGCUCCAUCAGGCAGGUCGGGCCCAUCGAGGACUACUGGCUGGCUCCCACCGGCGUCGACAUGGCGUGCUACUCCUUCCACGUCACCGAGCCCAUGCUCAAGAGGCUGCAGCAGCAGGAGUCUGCGGCCGCCGCCGGCGCCUUCGAGCUUACCUCGGCGCUCCUAUGGCAGACGGUGGCCAAGAUCAGGGUCAAUAAGGACGUGAAGACCGUGACGGUGGUGAAGACCGACAUGUCUGCCAGGAGCGGCAACUCGCUGGCGAACGAGCAGAAAGUCGGAUACGUGGAGACGGGCUCGCCGCCGGCGAAGACCGACGUUUCAGAGCUGGCGGCGAUGCUGGCCAAGAACCUGGUCGACGAGACGGCGGCGGUUGCGGGGUUCCCUGGGGACGUGAUCAUCUACGGCGCCAACCUGACGUUCGUGGACAUGGAGCAGGUGGACCUGUACGGGCUGGAGAUCAAGGGGCAGCGGCCCGCGCACGUGGAGUACGGCAUGGCCGGCGUCGGCGAGGAGGGCGCCGUGCUGGUGCAGCCGGACUCCGACGGGCGCGGCCGCGUCGUCACGGCGGUGCUCCCCAAGGACGAGGUCGGCAGCCUCCGUGCCGCGCUCGGGAGCUCCCUCCUGCAGUGUCCCUGAAACUGAAACUUCAGCUCGGUGAUUGAUUUUCAGAUGCGCGAUAAUUCUGUGUGAUAAUUCUGGCGCGUGAUUUCCAUGUGGGUAGUUUGAACGAUAGAUGCGCGAUCGGUUUGCCCAGUGUGUUCUGUACGAUGUUACGAAAUAAGCUGCUCCUCGAAUAACUUGUUCCAGAUGUACCCGGGACUGCAAGAAAUGCAAAGUUAAUUAUAGUUGUA